CGCUGUUAUUUAUGCCCUGCAGUGAGUUUUGAGGGAUGCACCGGCCAACCAAGGACCAUCUAUGUUUCUGAUGACACCAGAUUCAGAGUGGGCACGGAUGGGGUGCUGAUGGUCAAACGGCCUUUACAGCUGCAUAAUCCAGAGAUGAGUUUCCGUGUUCACGCCUGGGACUCUGCCCGCAAGAAGCUCUCCACCAAAGUGACGCUGAAGGCAGCAGUGCAUGACCACCACCAGCACCACCACCACCACCACCACCACCAUGAUUCUCUCCCUGAAGCCCGGAUGGAAGUGCUCACAUUUCCUGACUCCCACCAUGGUCUCAGAAGACAGAAGAGAGACUGGGUUAUCCCUCCCAUCAGCUGCCCAGAAAAUGAGAAAGGCCCGUUUCCUAAGAAACUGGUCCAGAUCAAGUCUAGUAGAGACAAAGAGACAAAGGUUUUCUACAGCAUCUCUGGCCAAGGAGCUGACGCGCCCCCCAUCCAUGUGUUUAUUAUUGAAAGGGAGACAGGAUGGCUCAAGGUGACCCAGCCUCUGGAUAGAGAAGCAAUUGCCAAGUACACACUCCUCUCUCACGCUGUGUCUUCCAACGGGAAUGCAAUUGAGGAUCCGAUGGAGAUUGUGAUCACAGUGACAGAUCAGAAUGACAACAGGCCUGAGUUCAUUUGA